ACACUUACAGCUGAAACGACCAACUUGCACCUGUUUUCCCUCCAUGUAAAUAUGCUCUGUAAAACCUGCUUUUUGUACUUGUCAAACCUGCUGCUCCACUCUGUCGUCUCCCAGGAGGCACCUCAGACGAUCCUAUUACCGGAAGUUAUCUAGCUUGUUUUCACCUGGGCGGAGUCCUCAGGUGAAAGCAGACUGUUUUUACAGAUAGAAACGUCCAUACAGUGAGUUAAGAGUUGGGAAAUAUAAGCAAGUGUCGUUAAUUCGACGCAAGGAAGAUUUUUUGCACCUUGCCUGGGCAUUGGGUAUUGUGAAAAAGGGGACGCCGUCGUGUUACAGACAAGGACCAAACUGGUCGACAUGCUGUCCUGCGGGCUGGUUUCGGUGGCUUUGUUCUUUCUCGCAGCAACAGGCGUAAGUGGCUUUUCAGUCACUACCACCGACACAGAUGUGCGAGUGAAAGAGAAUGAAGGGACUGACCUUAAAUGCUCGUAUUCAGCUGACUUUGGUUCAAAUGCCAGAGUUGAGUGGAAAUUUGAUGACCUAAAAGGCACCCAGAUGUAUGUGAUUUUUAAUGGGAAAGUAACAGCACAAUAUUCCAACAGAGUGACAAUGUACGGAAGUAAUCUGAGAUUCUCCAAAGUGACCCGUAAGGAUAAUGGAGUGUACGACUGCGAGGUGUCUGGCAGCGGUCAGUAUGGGGAAGUCAGAGUGAAGCUGACUGUUCUGGUGCCUCCAUCUCAGCCCUUGUGUAGGAUCCCCUCCUCUGUCACGACGGGCAAGAUGGCCCUCAUGACCUGCCAUGACAACGACGGCUCACCUCCACCCAAAUACAACUGGUACAAAGAUGGCAUCCUUCUGCCCCCUGAACCUCAGAAGGUUUCUGGCUUCAAAAAUGCCACCUACAGGCUAAAUGCAGACAGUGGCAACCUGGAGUUUUCCAGUGCAACCAAGAUGGACUCUGGUCAGUACUACUGUGAGGCUGUCAACAAUGCUGGUCCUCCUCAGCGCUGUAAAGGCACGAUAAUGGAAGUCCGUGACCUAAACACUGGAGGAAUUGUUGCUGGCGUAAUAGUGGCCCUGCUGCUACUGCUCCUACUGGGAUUUGGCAUUUGGUAUGCCAACAAGAAAGGAUACCUGCCCAAGAAGAGUGAAAGCAAACCAAAGCCCAACGUGGUCUACCAGGCAACAUCAUUGCACGGUGGUGGUGGUGAUGAUGAAGAUGGGGAAUUCAAACAGAAGUCAUCAUUUGUGGUAUAGUCUGCAAUGUCACGACAGGACAACGCCUGGUUUUAAUUGUCUUAGUUUUUAUAAAGCAGUGUGAUUGUUUGAGUUGACCUGAACUGUCUACUUUGUCUCAGAUGCAUCAACGUGUGGGGUUUAAGUAUCAAGGUUAUAGGAAAUAAUUUACUCCAGACAGGUGCUGAGACCUCUUUCAUACAUUGAUAUUGGUUUUGUAAUAGAAUGUGCUGUGGCUACUAGUGAACCAUUUUUCCACCUAUGUUUGGAGUGUGUGCUUCUGAUUUUCUGAUUUUUCAAAUGAUGCAUCUGCAUGUAAACAUGUCUAAUCAAAUGGAGUACAGAUACUCCCAGUACCCGCAAUAGGAAAAAUACAGGUAUGUAAAUGUAUUUAGUUAUUUUCUAAGGAAAAUGACACAUGAGCACGAUGGACACUAUUUUCUCUGCAAACACAGUGUCUUGAUAAAACUUUUUAUUUUACAAUCACAUUUUUAUUACAUUUACUGACCCAUCACCUUAAUUUCCUCCAGUGCAACUUUUAUCAGUCACUCUGUGUACCUAAGCUGAAAUGUUGAUGGAGCUGGAUCAUAUCAUAGAGUGCCUCUGAAAGGUGUUUUAUCUUUUUCUUUUUUUAAUAAACGACAAAACUGUUGUACAAUAUUUUUUCUAAUAAAGUGUGUUAAGUUUCUCUUUCUUGUAAAUAACUGUUUUUACAUCUAUAAUUUAAAAAAAUUUAAAAAAUCUCUUGUCUCUGAGCUGUCGUCCUCUCUAGAAACUCUACUGCAACUGCUUGUGUGAUAUUAAUAUUUUAGGUGCACAUUAUCUUUAACAUAUCAUUUCUAGUUGAUCUAGUAUUACUUUUGUCUGGUAGUGCUGUCUGAGACAUAAGUUUGUAAACCUCUGAACUACAUUGUCUAAGCUAAUUGAUCUUUAAAAGAGUGUAGACUGACAGUUCAGUCAACAUCCUUCAAACGGAUUGAGACUUUAAUUAAUUGGAAACGUGUGAUGUGUUAAACAAGUUUUAAAUGAUUACCAGCAUCUUUGUAAGGAAUUGUGUGUACCCCUAUCAUAAUGAUUAAUUACCCAAACUGUUCUGACGUCUACCUCCGGACACUAAAGUGACAUUAAUUUGUUUUAUUUGUUACUUGACAUCCACAAAUUCUCAGGUCAUGUGUUUAAGUGGUUUGAUAAGGUCAGACAUCAAAACAUAUCAUGAGCUUAAAUGAUCUAUCAGGUACAAUAUUUAAAUUGGGAAACAAGUUUUCUACAUUGCUUGACCUUUCCUUUGUAGAAAUUUUAGAGCUGAUGAAUCAGCUGAUGGUUGUAACUUUACUUUAUAUAUUGGUUAAUAAAAUUGUGUUGUUAAA